AUGGCCCGGCGCAGCGUACAGCGCAUCGACGUGGAUCCUUCGGGUGCCCUGGUUUUCUACGCCAGCGAAGAGACUGUGACCGAAAGGGAGCGGACAGUCGUAGAGGUCCCGGUCGCCGAGCUGCGAGCCCAGAGCCUUGACGUUUUGGCCGAAUCCGUGCUCCCUUCCGUUCCUGAGUUCUUGGAAGUCUCGCGGGAGGCUCUGCGCAGAGCACUGGGCGAGCUGCGUGCUGCAUGCGCUGCGCAAGAAGCCCGUCCUGCACCGGUGCCGGCAGAAUCUUCCAAACCACCACCGCCGCGCUGCCCGGAGCAGGAGGAAAUGAGCACCACGAAGCCCGAAAGCGCCGGUGAUGCGGCCAAGGCCCUUUGGGUGCGUGCUAUGGAUGGCACGCGCCAUGGUCCCUUCAACGCCGCCGCCCUGAGCUCUGCCAGAAAGUUGAAGCUGAAACUGGCAGAACAGCUGCAGACAAUUCCGUUGGGCAUUGCUUUGCUGGAUGGGGCGGAGCCGCUCGAAGAUGAAUCGGAUCUGACAUCGCUGUGCUCAGAGGAGCUGCAACUCCUCGUGUCGAGUGGUCGUCCAGCUAUGGUGGUCGCUCGAGUGAGGCCGAUGAGCCGUCGGGAGGUGCAGGCGGACGAGCGAGAAGCAGUGGCAGAGAUCCGUAUAGGUCAGUGUGUAGCCAAUGAGUACGUAGCAGUUUGGCACAUGGCGUAUUCCAACAAUGUGGUGUCACUGGCUCUGGUUCGUGAGCAAUCCGACCUCUCAGUAUCCGAUGACCGCUCGUUGGACGGGAGGCUUCGUCAAUGUCUUAUUGGAAGGGGGCUCUACCAGGAGGUGAAGCAACUUUUAGAGGACAAAGCAGACGCGAACUGCCGGUUGAGGUACAAGCUUGGCCCCAAAGAGUUUGAUGGGACACCGCUUACCUUGGCUGUCAAGCUCGACAAGCCCAACAUCGUUCGCUUGCUGAUGAUCCACCGAGCUAAUGCACAGUCUGCGUACUCGAUGAAAGCAGGACGCACAGGCGUGCUGUGGAAGGGGCCCGCGGUUUGUGCCACCGUUGCCAAGGGCAACUUGUCAAUGAUGAGGUUGUUGGUGGAGUACGAGGCAAAUCUGCAGGGCCGUGUGAUCAGCUUCAACGACGAGCCGAAUGUCACAUUGCUGUACGAUGCCAGCUACUUUGGUCAUGCUCAUUUAGUGCGAUAUCUGUUACAACAGAAAGGCAAUCCUGACAUUCCCGUGAAGUUUCAAGACGACAUGAGUAUCACCAAGACCGCCCUUCAGGUGUCUGCUAGCUUGGGACACGAUGAGGUAGUCCGAGUCCUCCUCAGUGCCAAAGCCCAGAUCUCACUUGGAAUCGAUUUCGGUCCACAAGAACUGAAAGAUGCAAUCGAUGGCUGCCACGUGGAGGUGCUGCGGCUACUUGUCGAUGCCGGUGCAGAUCUGUUUGCAGGUACGGAGGGAAGGAGAGGGGUGGACUAUCUCUUCCAGGCCAACAAUGCGGUCUUGACUGCUGCCGCCGCCAAAGGCUUGCGAGGCUGCGACGAGGAUGUCGUCGCCUGUAUGGGCUUGAAAGAUUUCGUGCGGUUUCUGGCCACGCCCGAUGCUGAAGAAAUCCUGGGUGCCGUGUUUAGGAAGUGCGAGCUUCGCUAUUGGAAGAAUGAGAAGCGUGUGGCAUGGAAAACAGCUUACCUACCUCAUGGCGAUCUUAACGUUGCGGUGGGGCCGGCGAAGGGCCAUUUUGAUGAUAAGUUUCACAAGGAGAUGGAGUUCGCAGCAGGUGUUCGAUCAACCAUCCCAGACCAGGAAGACGAGCUAGUAGAAGAGGAAUUCUUCAAGCAGCUGCUGCCCUAUCGAUUUCAGAGGUUGGAUCAGAUCACGCAAGUGCCCAUUGAAAUUAGUCACUGCGUUCUCCCUGGCUUACAUCGCAACCCUGAGGUGCUCUGGGUUCUGGCAUCCGGAGUGAAUGAUCGUGUCUUUGACGAGAAGGGUGCCCAUGCGAUCAUCAAUUUGGCGUGGCGUGAGACAUACCGUGUCCACUUCCUGAGUUUCGCUCUCGACCUGCUAGUGGCGUGCCUCUUUUGGUCCUUGGCAUUCCUCAUGAACAACGAGUACGAGUGGCUUGAGGAGUGGAUGAUUUGGCCAUGCCUGAUUGUCGCAGCUCUGGCUUGGCUACGAAAUGCCUGCAUGGAGUUCCUGCAAUGCCUUGGGUUCCAUGUCUACGGCAAGCUGAGCGAAUAUUUUCUUUCGCUGGAAACGCUAGCCGAUGCCUUCAGGAUAUUUCUGACCGGAUUCAGUUUGACUGCCUUGGUGAUAGAUUGGAAGGCCUGUGCAGAACGCCAGGAACUGCGACUCAUAUUCGCUAUAACUGGUUUUGUCCGCUGGCUCAGGGUGCUGAACACUCUCAAGGGGUUUGAGAGCACAGGCAAGCCCAUGCUUCCAAUUCUGCAAGCUAUUCCGGCAACUGUACCCUUCUUCUUCGUGGUUUUCUGUUGGUUUGCCGGCUUUCUUCACAUGUACUAUUCUUUUGGGCUAAUGAGCUGGUGGCAGUCGAUGAUGAUCAUGUGGCGCCUGGGUUUCCUGGCCGACUUCUCCAGGAAUGAAAUGAGGAAUGUGACGCUCCUUUCUCAGGGAGAGGCAGACUGGGAGUGGCCGGUGGACAUUGUGUUGGUUGCCAUGGGCGUGAGUAUGUCGAUCAUAAUGAUGAACAUCUUGAUCGGCGUCUUGGCCGAGAGUUACAACCGAGGAUGGGAACACCGAGAGCGCUUAUUCCUUCUGGAGCGUUCGCGCUUGGUCCUGCAUCACUUUACCAUCUACACUGGCUGGGAGAAAUGCCCGUGUGCUUGCGCAAAGCGACGAAUUCAGAGCGAAGCCAACUCCCAUCACGUAUGGUUUGCCAAUGCGAGAGAUCCCUCAACAUGGGGCGAGAUUCAAUCGCAGUACGAUGCCGACGUCAUGAACGUCCAUGAGAAGGUAACGGAAUUGAGGCGCGAGAUCCGGGAGAUGCACGAGAAAAUGUUGGAGAAGUAUCAGGAUCACUCCGAAGAGCUGCAUUCUGGCCCAGAUCCCGUCAUCUCGCGCAGGCUCGGGAACCUGGAAUCUUGUGUCCAGGGCAUGCAGGCGAAAAUGGAUUUAGUCCUCAGCAAGCUCGGCGACUCUCGAGCAAGCUGA